AUGCGAGAUGAGCCCUAUUCGAGCAACGAGCUCCUGUUCGUUCUACAGAGUCUGCCGCUCCGCGUUGAUGGUCGCCGACCCGAAGAGGCCCGGCGCCUUCGUUUCCAGCUUGUAGGCGAGAGCGGCGUCCUCGUGUUCGCCGGCUCGAGUGCGAUCACGUUUGCAACCACAACCUGUCGAGUGGUUGCACCGCCGCCGCACCGACCCACCGAAGGAUGGAUCCGCGUCGUCUACGGAAUCUCGCCGGGUGCCUCAGAGCGAACGCUGCUCGAACAAAGCGACGCUGUUAGCUUCUCAGAGGAGGCUGUGUUUCUAGAGCGCAUCCUUCGUGAGUCUCGAUGUAUUGACCCCGAGUCGCUCUGCAUAGUUGCCGGCAAAUACGCGUUCCAGGUUACCGUGCAAGUCUGUGUCGAAAGUCUGGAUGGUAGCGGGCUCUUUUACGCGUCACUGGCUGCGCUCGGUUCGCUACAACGUUUUCGCCGUCCAGACUUUACCAUCGAGCGGCACGGGUAUGGCGAUGAACGGGUUCGACUAUUCAGUCCGAGGGAGCGGCCGCCAGUCCCGCUGCAGCUGCAAGUAUACCCUGUGAUCCUGGAGUAUGCUCUGUUUUUCGAUGAGCAUCGAGGCUCUCAAGAGACAUGCUGCGUGCUGGACCCCACGCAGGCGGAGGAAAACGCUUGCCAUGCUCGUCUCCGUGUUGUCUACGAUGUGAAAAAUGAGCGAUUGCUUGCGCUCCGCCAACUUGCGGGCGGAAUGUACACGGCAGUGACGACGCUAUCCAAGCUGCACCACUGGGUGCUGCGAGCAUGCGAUGACGCCCGUGUCGCCUGGCAAAUGCUCUCCACAAGACUCCGACUCAAUGCACAGCAACAACGUCCAAUAGAGCCGCCCAGCUGGUCUGUUUCCGAUGAGACCCCUUAUGGUACAGGGGUCAAGAGCGCGCGCUCCAGUGUAGAUGCCGAUCUGGCAUCGGGUCCAACUGCAGCGCAGGGGCAGCUUGGCAUCCCGGGACGCCCAAAGCAGCCGCCAUAUGGAGAGCGCGGGCAUCCAGGACUUUGCGAAGGCCAGGAGCGUACCGAAGUCGACGGUGAGUUCGCCGCGGAGCACUUGUCUUCCGGGAAACAUACCCAACAGCCUCUCAGUCCCGAGGUCGCAAGCCCACGUCAUCGAAGCGCUGUGCUGACGCCACGCGUGUCGCCUGACAUCGCUCCCGCCACCAUUACCGAGCAGGGCUCGUCUUCUCUGAUGGAUCUCGCCCGCACUGAUCCCGAGCUGAGCCGGUUCACGAGCCCGUUGCCAUGGACGGACAAGCGGAAGUCGGACACCGAGGCCUGUAAUGUUCCGGUCGAUCGUGACGGUAUUCUGGUGGAGUCGUCGGCCCAAGUUCGCGCGUCAUCCGCCUCUGACAUGGAGUAUAGUAUUUCCUCUGCGGCAUCCGAAGACAACUCGACAGAUGAGGAUCGGAUGCAGGACCUGACGCAAGCGGCGAGGGUACCGGUACUACCGCCGCCACCGCCGCCGUCCUCGCGCCGCCCUUAUCACCCGAAAAGUUCGCGCUGA